AUGUUCUCUUUCUUCAUGUCAUACGACUGUGCAGUAUCCUUCAUCAUGCAGUCUGUGUCUCGCCUGUUGGCGCUUGUAGCGCUGGUCUUGCCCUCUGUUGCUGUUGAUUCUACAGUGGACCUCGGAUAUAGCAAGUACAAGGGUAAAGAUCUCGGAAAUGGCGUCUCAGAAUGGCUUGGUGUACGAUAUGGUGCUGCACCAGUCAAAGACUUGAGAUGGAGUCUACCCAAAGAUCCAAGUCGCGUGCGAGCAGUUCAGGAUGCUACCAAGCGCAAGCCUGUUUGCAUUGGUACCGGCAGCGAUCCCAAGGUCAUUGGCGACACUGAAGACGAAGAUUGUCUGUUCCUCAACAUUUGGGCUCCAACACACGCUUCAAACAACGAGAAGCUUCCCGUGUACUUCUACAUCCAGGGUGGCGGCUUCAACUCGAAUGCCAACCCUAAUGUCAACGGAACCGGUCUUGUCAAGGCUGGCGAUCUCGACAUGAUCGUUGUGAGCAUCCAUUAUCGCGUCGGUGUUUAUGGAUUCCUCAGCGAUGGCGAUGCUCUUACGCCCAACCUUGGACUCCAUGAUCAACGCAAGGCUCUCAAGUGGGUUCAGAAGUACAUUGCUAAAUUCGGCGGCAACCCGGAUCAUGUGGUCAUUGGGGGCGACUCUGCCGGCGCCGCAAGUGUCAGUCUUCAUCUCAGCGCUUACGGAGGAAAGGACGAGGGUCUCUUCCAUGGCGCGGCGGCCGAGUCCAUCUCCUUUGGUACCCUUUUGACUGCCAAGGAGUCAGCCUACCAGUACAACAAUCUGGCCAUCCGUCUCGGAUGUGCUGGUUCCAAGAAGGACGUUCUGCGUUGCAUCCGAUCUAGGUCACCCCAAGAGAUCCAGAAGGCGAACAAGGGAAUCCCGUACGAAGGCAGCUCCAAGGCGCCUCUGUUCAUGUGGACUGUUGCCCUCGACGAUGAUCUGGUCCCCGACCUUACCUACAAGCUUUUCGACGAGGGAAAGUUUAUUAAGGUCCCUCUUAUCACAGGCGACGACACCAACGGUGGAACCUCUUUUGCGCCGAGAGAUGCCGCCAGCAUCGCCGAUAGCGACGAGUUCCUCAAGGCCCAAUUCCCAUUCUUGACACUGGAGCAGCUCGGCAAGAUCAAUGACCUUUACCCUAACAAGAAUGACACUUGCCCCAAUGCCGGCUGCUAUUGGCGACAAGCUAGCACUGCCUACAGCGAUAUGCGAUACAUGUGCCCCGGACUGUACAUCUCCAAUGCUCUUGCUGAGCAUGGUGUAUCCAAGUCUUGGAACUACUGGUACGAUGUCGAAGAUCCCGAUCAGAUGGCCGAGGGUCUCGGCGUUCCUCACGUCGCUGAGCUGAACGCUAUUUUCGGACCCGGAUUGGGUAACAACAGUCCCCCAAAGAGUUACUUUCCCGGCGAGAAGAAUGGUCCUGUCAUCCCAGUUGUUCAGGGCUACUGGUCGAGUUUUAUCCGAACUUUGGACCCGAACACGCAUCGUCAUGAGGGGUCAGUCAAGUGGGAGACUUGGACUGAGAAGGGCAAGCAGAGAAUUAAGUUUGAGACUGGUGGUGGCACCAAGAUGGACAAGCCGAGCCAGGGCUUGCAAAAGAAGUGUCGGUACCUUUCUUCAAUUGGUGAAGAUAUUCGUCAAUAA